GAGGGGCGGUACACACCUUGGGGGAAGCCAAUGAGAAAAUCAGGCCCAGUCCGGGGGGGCGGUGCCGGCGGUCACAUGCGCACCUGGGGCGGGUGGUGGCGGCGGCUCAGGCACCGCGAGCUGGCGGAAGGGAGUGAGGCCGGGCUGGGGCGGGGUUAGGCAGGUGAGUGACAGGCUCCGGGGGGCUGGCCCCAGCCGGGAGCCCUGAGCUAGCCCUGAGUAGCUGCAGCGGUGCCCGCCCCCUCUCUCCGCCCCUCCAGCGGAGCUGGUCUCCGUCCGGGCACCGUCGCGGGCCCCCUUAGGCCGGCCACCCGGGACUGUUCUGGGGAGUCAGCCACCUCCCUCUCUCCCCUUGCCGGCAAAGUUUUGGCAAAGCCAGCGCUGGGGCAGAGCGCGCCCCCGAGGGGAGAUCGGGGAGCGCCGAUGCCGGGCGUCCAGAGCCGUUGACCCGGGACGCCGCCGUCCGGGGCAGGAGCGCGGAGCAGCCGACUACUCCGCCGUCUCCGGUGCAUGGGGACCGGCUGAGGAGCCAGCAUGGGCAACUGCGUGGGGAGACAGCGUCGGGAGAGGCCAGCUGCCCCGGGACACCCCCGCAAGCGAGCAGACAGACCUACCUCCUCUGUGUAAAAGCCCAGAUCCAGAGAAGUUGAGCAUCUUGUGUAAAGGCACACAGCUGGUUUACUAGUAGCACAACUGAGGCACCAAGCCAGUCUCCUCUCCCACCCCAUUGCCACAUAUCCUUUUUUGUAAGAGGAGCCACAGGCAGAAUUGUUAAUGAAGUAGAGACUCUCGUUGGAGUUUCCUGUCACCUUUGACACCAAAGGCCGCAAUGAGCCUCUGAAGAAGGAGCGGCUAAAGUGGAAAAGCGACUACCCCAUGACAGAUGGGCAGCUGCGGAGCAAACGAGAUGAGUUCUGGGACACGGCACCCGCCUUUGAGGGCCGCAAGGAGAUCUGGGAUGCACUCAAGGCUGCUGCCUAUGCUGCCGAGGCCAACGACCACGAGCUGGCCCAGGCCAUCCUGGAUGGAGCCAGCAUCACCCUGCCUCAUGGCACCCUCUGUGAAUGCUAUGAUGAGCUGGGGAAUCGCUACCAGCUGCCCAUCUACUGCCUCUCACCGCCCGUGAACCUGCUGCUAGAGCACACCGAGGAGGAGAGCCUGGAGCCCCCCGAGCCCACCCCCAGUGUGCGCCAUGAGUUUUCCCUGAAGGUGCGCCUGUCCACGGGCAAGGACGUGAGGCUCAGUGCCAGCCUGCCUGACACAGUGGGGCAGCUCAAGAGGCAGCUGCACGCCCAGGAAGGCAUUGAGCCAUCCUGGCAGCGAUGGUUUUUCUCUGGGAAGCUGCUCACAGACCGCACACGACUCCAGGAGACCAAGAUCCAGAAAGAUUUUGUCAUCCAGGUCAUCAUCAACCAGCCCCCGCCACCCCAAGACUGAUGAGCCCACAGACCACUGGGAAGGGAGGCUCCUGUGGGGCUACAUGGCCCCCUCUGGAGCACUAGGCCCCCCGCCUUGCUGCUGCCUUCGAGUGCUGUUAUUUCCUGCAGGGGCACCUCCCCAUGAUGUGGCUGCUGGGUGAGCCAUGAAGGGACCCUGUCUCCCAGGGCACCUUGUGCCACCAGUGCCCAGCAUCCAGGGAGCAGGCUAUCAUAUACAGGCCUUGCAGCCUUGUCAGAGAAAAGGUGAACCAGGUCCUCUACCCUGUCUCUCUCGAAGCAGGUUCGAGCCAUGAGGGCCAGCCUGGAGGCCCCUGGAGCCCAGAUCUGUCAUCUGGUGCUGCCAGCUGUGCUCACUCCAGUUUUCUGCUCAGGGUCUGAAGCAGCUGCUGUCUUCCUCCUCUGUGCCCACCCCUGGCUCUGCUCUGGGCACAGUGCCAGUUCCCCGGAGAGGAGGGAACCACAGUGAGCCCCAGGGCUUAGGGAGCCUGAGGCGGGCCUCUGCCUCUCCCUGCCUCCAGCACAAUUGGCAGAGAUGAAGCGUGUGGUGGACAGCUGGGCUGUUGCGGCAGGGGUCUGCACAGGGCCAUCUCCUGGCUAUAACCAGGUGGUGAGUGUCUGCAGCCUGGUUAUGGCCCCCACAGCCACUCUCUGUGUACAGACAUAUCUGCAUAUUUAUCAAUAAAGCCUUUUGCUCCUUC